UUUAGUGUUUACUUUUUCUCUUUUUCUCCUUUUUUUAUUUUUUUGCGUUUCUCUGAUUUCCGUUCCCUUGGGCGACAUAUUUUUCUAUUUUGUUCGAUCAUCUUCUGGCGACCCAAUUGUUUCACUCUCUUUGAAAUUCGGACGAAGGCUUGUUGGAGAUGUCUAGAACCAUUUCCACAAUGUCCAAAUCAGGAUCGAGGCUCUUGAACCGAUUCGUAACAUCACUGAGCUUCAGUCCAGCCAUUCACCGGACCACUCGAUCCCUCGAAACCCUGGCUUAUGAAGAGGUACGAUCUUCUCCGGACAAGCCCUACUCUUGUACAGCCUUUGUUCUCCAUGGUCUAUUGGGCUCUGGUCGUAACUGGCGCUCCUUUUCUCGCACCCUCGCAUCCUCGCUUUCUGACAAAUGGAGGAUGGUUCUUGUGGAUUUGAGGAAUCAUGGGAAGUCAGCUGAGCUACAAGGACUAAAGCCUCCGCAUGAUAUUGGGAGUGCGGCUCAAGAUUUGGCCGAUUUGGUGAAACUCCGGGGAUGGGAUUGGCCUGAUGUGGUUGUUGGGCACUCAAUGGGUGGCAAAGUGGCCUUGCAUUUCGCUCAAAGUUGUGCUCGCGGUGAUUAUGGUUCACAUGUUCGUCUGCCCAGACUGCUGUGGAUAUUGGACUCUCUACCUGUAAAAGUAAAUGCUGAAGACAGUGAUGGAGAGGUGGAGAAAGUUUUACAGACUUUGCAAGGUCUACCGUCACCUAUCCCGUCUCGGAAAUGGCUGGUGGAUCACAUGAUGAAGCUUGGAUUUUCAAAAGCAUUGUCAGAAUGGGUUGGUAGCAACUUGAAGAAAUCUGGUGACAAGGAGACUUGGGCAUUUAAUCUUGAAGGGGCUGUCCAAAUGUUCAAUUCGUACAGGUAUGCUGAUCUUCCUCAUGCAAGCGGUGUGUCGUCGUAAUAUGUAUCAAUUUGGACCCCCAUAGAAUGAAGAUAUAUGCACCUAUCUCUGUAAAGAAGGUCUUCUUAUUUCACAUGUUAGACGUACAAUGAUGCAGGGAAACUGACUAUUGGGAUCUGUUAGAGCGACCACCGAAAGGAAUGGAGAUUGCCAUUGUUCAAGCAGAGAACAGUGAUAGAUGGACGCCAGAAAUAAUCCAGGAGAUUGAAAGGCUUGCUGCUAGAAAAGCAGAUGAAGUUGAUGGGAAAGUUACUCAUUAUGUUCUUCCUAAAUCAGGGCACUGGGUUCAUGUGGAUAACCCCAAAGGGCUUCUUGAAAUUGUGACACCAAAAAUGGCCUCUCUAGAUUUAGUCAAUUGACAUGUUUGCACUGUUAGCAGCCAGUACCCGUAUCUUUUUGAUACAUUGAACUGGAACAUCUAUGAUUUAUGUCAGAACAAAGAUGUCUGAAUGUAACUUUACUCGUAUUGUAUCAAGAAGUGCAUUGACAACAUAAGGAAAUUUAUUUACUGAAAUUUAAUUUGCC